GCCGCGGUCUGUCGGUAUUUAUAUUGAGGCGCUAUGGUCUGUCAGCACGGCCUCGAUCUUUUUCCGUGAGUUUCUGUCGCCUUCUGCGGGGUUCAUGUUCCGCGCCGCCGAGAUCAAGAGCUUCGGUAAAGCAGGAACCGGCUGGCACUUUCGGCAGACGAUGGACGAGCUGGUCCAUGAUCUGGUGUCGGCUUUGGAGGAGAGUUCCGAACAGGCCCGUGGAGGUUUCGGUGAUGGUGGAGAUCAUGCCCUGGCUGUCGGUUGCCUGCUGAAACGACAGUCGCGCAAGCGGCGUGGCCGGAAACGGCGGUCCGAUAACCCUCACCCACCAUGGGACACCUGCCAUCUGAGCGAAGGGUCCGAAUCCAGCCUGGAGGAGCAGAAAGACUACCGUACCUCCACGGCAGCAGGGGGCGCUCACACCCGGGACAACAACAGCGACUCUGACGAGCAGCUGGGUGCGAAACAGCGUACACCGCUUGCCGUCGACUCUGGCAGAGGGAAGAGACCGCUUUGGCAGGACGAUUUGAACGGAGCAGACGUUGGAACGCGAAGUUUACGGAGACGUCGGAAAAUCAAGCGUAUGGCUGUUGACCCGCCACUAGAUGUCGCCACCAUGCUGGCGCCUCCCAGACUGUCCGGAGUGGGCGGCAGCAGGGAGGUGGGGUUUCUGGAGGAGAAAGGAGGUGAGGCGAGCAAAAGUAGCGUGAAGAAAAGGAAGUAUACGGCACAGAGACUUGCACAGGAUGCGGCAGAUGAAGGCGUGGUGGUGGAGAGUGAGGAGAUGGGACAGGCGGCCAAAGACAAGAUGGACUUUGAGGAGCAGAAGGCCUCAGAUGAGGAGAUGAGUGACAGUGAGACGAGCAGUGUAAGUAACAGCAGUGAUGGGGGUUUGUACACUAAUGAUGAGGGAAGGCAAGGCGAUGACGAGCAGAGCGAUUGGUUCUAUGAGGGCGAGCCGGGUGGGGCUUGUGGAGUUGCGGGCAUGGUGCCAUGGUGGGAGAGAGAUUCUAACGAGCUUGACCUCACUGACCCCGUAUUCAGCAGCAUACUGACUGGAGCAUUUCCUUUAAUGUCACAGGGAGCUCAAAGAGGUUUUCAAGCAAGACUCAUGCGGCAGGCCUGUCUUCAGCAAUCACAGGGAGCAUCUCAGGGAAUUGUUCCUGAUGGAUUACCCAGAUUAUCUCAGGAUCCUCAUGACUCGUGGUUCAGCUCUGGGGCGAGAAGAGAACAGUUGCUUUGGGAUUCCCGGAGUGACCGAAUCCACAGGAAAAGUUGCUCUUUAAAGACUGCCAGCAGACAGACGAGUGGUCACCUUGGCUCUUUAUGUACUGGAGAUGUAAAGAGGCGACGAAAAGCUGCACCUGUAGCAGCCCCUUCAGCCACAGGUGUGGUGGGUGAGAGCGCUCCUCCACUCCCGGAGUCAAAUGUGGGAAACCGGAUGCUGCAGAUUAUGGGUUGGACCCCUGGGUCGGGUCUGGGCCCUGAAGGUAGAGGAAUCACAGAGCCCAUUCGAGCGUCUCAGAGGCCGAAGGGAGCCGGACUGGGGUUUAACUGAGCUCCGUCUAAAAACGGGGAGAAAAUCUAAAUACCAGGGGACUGCAGGGCCUCUCUCACCGUUAACCUCGCUGUUAACGGGAGCCGGCCAGCAGAGUGCAGCACUGGGGUCAGAGAACGUGAGAAGUAGAAAAAGACAUGAUGGACAGAAUGAAUGAAAGAGAAGACCUGCACCGGCACAGACCAGGACUGACGCUAGAGCUGCCUCACUGCCAAACACACUCAUGCGCACGCACACACACACACACACACACACACACACAGAUUAAUUUCAACACUGCUGUCAAAGCUAAUGAGACAUCUGAACCUCUUAGUUGCUUUAACUUUUGAGGAACUCCAAGAAAAAUAACACAAAAACGAGAAUGAAAACAUUCGUUAUAUUCAAGUAAAUAAAUGUAGCUUCUUUUUUUUUUUUACCAAUAUAAAAUUGAUCUAAAAAAAAUAUAAUUAAUAAUAAUUAAGCACAUAUUUCCCCCAGAAAUCUUCAUAGUGAAAAAUCCUUAUGAAUAAUAAAACAAAUCUCAUUACUGUAAAGACAACAUCUUUAUCGUUUAUGUAAUACACAAUAACACAAUUAUAUAUUUAUUUUAUUACAAUGAGCAUAAAUUAAGUUCAGUGCAUCUAAUGCUACCAUGAUGUAUUCUUACAAUUGCACUUUACAAUUAAAUAUACAGUAUAUUUAUUUUUUCACAUUACUUGAAAUGGGAAUUUGUGCUUAUUUGCCAUAAAAAUAAUCAAUGGAGUCCAUUUGAUUUAUUGAAUAUUAAAAAUGCAAAGCUUCAUUUAUUGAAAAAAAUAUAUUGCUUUUAUAAUUUCUUUCUUUUCGAAUGUAUUAUUAAAUUAUGUCCAGGACAUUCUCGACCAGUUUCGUGGAUAUAAUUAAUAUAUGAAUUAUUACAAACAAAAGCCAAACUUCAGUGUUUUCGAGGAUACCAGCAGAAAUUAGCAGAUUGUUUUUAUAAGUUUAAUUUUUUUAUUAUUUUUAGAAAAUAUUUUAAGUAUUUGUUUUCACUUCAGAAAGCCUUUUAAUUGUGUUAAUUUAGCACAUUAGAUCAGUCCAAAUCACCUUGUGUCUCCUGUAUUCUUUAUUUCUUAAGAAAAUGAAUUUGUUUGCUUGUUUUUUAUUAUGUUUAUGGUUUUAGGUCCUGUUUUUCUGAAUGUUUGUGCAGAUAAGUUGCACUAAUAAUGAAAUGGUUUCACUCUGCCGGCCACAUGCGCUCUUAUGAAAGAAGGUUUGCAUGUAUUUAAUGCUGAAAUUCUGCAUUUUGAGAGCAACUAUUGAUCGAUCUUGUGUCAGAACACGUGCAUGUUUAAGGUAUAGUUCACCAAAAAAAUAUAUGAUGAUUUACUCCCCAUCAUACAGGUUUGAAACAACACGACGGUGAGUAAAUUAUGACUUUUUAUUGUUAUUUUUUUGGGUGAAAUAUCAAUUUAAUGAUGAUAUUCAGAGUGGUUCCACUUUUCGUGUCUCUCAUGAGGGUUUUGUGGUCAAUUUCGUUUUAACUCCUGCGUGGUAAGCUGGUUUUCAUCUCGUAAUUUGAAGUUCAGUGAAAUGCAUUUAUUUCUUGGCAUGUUUGAGUAAUGAAUAGGAUCAAUGGAAUGAAUUGGCUUAAUUAAAAGGGAAUUAACUAUUCAGGGCAAUAAUAACAAUGACGGUUGUCUGUUCUGGUUGUCGCCGUUGAUUUGUAAAGGUGUAGAUCCCGGCAUUGUUUGAUCAAUCUUAAAUGCUUCUCACCAACCAUCCUAGAUAAUCUGAGAUAUUUUAACUGAUGGGGGGAGACGGAAGGUAUCGUAGAGCACUUCCUAUUUGGCAUAUGGUUUGUGUAGAGGGCAAUUUAAAGGGAUGUUUCGUUUAAAAAAAUAAAUGUAUUCGUUUCUUCACACUAAUGUUGUUCCAAACUUGUAUGACUUUCUGUCUCGGAACGAAAAAAAAGAGAUGUUAGGCAGAAUGUUAUGGACUGGCAUCCUCAGUCACCAUACAUUUUCAUUGUGUCUUUUUUUCCAUGCAAUAAAAGUGACUACAGCACACAUGCUGUCUGAUCUCCUUUUGUGAUCAACAGAAGGAUAAAAAAGUCA